AUGUCAGCGGCAUCCAGUGAUGUCGAGGCAUUUACCCUGCUAUCUCUGGCUUUGGCUUUCAUUAUUGUACGGAUUUAUGUGCGAUGGGAUCUCGUCGGCCCCAAGCAUUUUCAGCUCGAUGACUACUUGAUGCCCUUGGCAGGUCUGGCAUUCACUGGAGAAACUAUAGCUGCAUACCUGGUGGUAGCCCAAUUCGACGGCCUCACUAAUAGUUACAUGACUCCGGAGGAGCGUGCGGCAUUGGAUCCAAAAUCAAAGGAAUACUACGACCGCAUAUGGGGUUCAAAAAUACAAGUCAUAGGCUGGUCCUUGUACGUUAUGGUGCUGUGGUUGGUUAAAUUCAGCCUGGCUGGGUUUUAUUCGCGCUUGACUACCGGCUUGAUGCAAUUUCAAAGUCGCGUUCACAUUGCAUACGCCCUGCUCGCUGUUACCUACCUUGCCACUGCGCUCUCUCUCAUCCUUUCAUGUCAACCCAUGCGCAAAUUCUGGCAGAUCAACCCAGAUCCAGGAAAUAAGUGUCAGCCGACAAUUUCCAAGGUAUACGUCGCUGUUGCCCUGACUUUUGACAUAAGCACUGAUCUUUUUCUGCUUUCCAUUCCCUUGCCGCUCUUGUGGAGAGUUAAUAUCAGUAUGAAGCGAAAAAUAAGUUUGAUGGCCUUGUUUAGUGGAGGCGUCUUUGUUAUUGCAGCCGGCAUGAUUCGAGCGAUAGUGAUCCUUACGUCUGGUCCCGACGGCGCCGUAUCAGGAAGCAAAUGGGCAUGUCGUGAGACAUUUGUAUCCAUCGUCCUAUCCAACCUACCGAUUAUUUCUCCUUUAAUCCGGACCUGUGCCAACAAAAUCGGGCUCAGUGUCUUAUUUAGUUCCACCGGCCGUCCAUCUCGAAGCCACCCACUAUCUAGUAAGCGAGACACGGGUCAUGAACUACGAAAGCGGAGCGAGCAUAGUCACCCAUUAUCAAUUCCCGGGACCACAGCUUGGGACAGUGAUGAGCACAUCCUUGCUCAACAAGAUGGAAUUAAUACCAACUCCGAGAGCUCGACUUAUAGGAAUAAACACCAUGGUCAGAGACAGAGCGAAGAAAAUGGGUUUCCGAAGCAAAUAACAGUUGUGCAAGAAACAGUCAUUCGAAACGAUCCAAUGACAGACCAAUCCAUUCCGUCUCCAGGAGCAAGAGACGGAGAAGAACGUCACAGAAGCAAUUCUUUUUCAAAUUUCAAUUCUACAAUUACUUCUGGAUUACCACAACAUCGUUGGUAG